ACAGGCGUACGCAAGCAACAAGCAAGAAUGCUGAGGCUGUGUCGGGGAUGUCUUGUUCGUAGAAUGUAGCGCGUUCGGUCGAAAAUUCAACGCGAGUGUUUAUAGAUGCAUUCGCACUUAUCACACAUAUGUCUCGCGGCAAGAUUAGAAUGGUUCCUGAAGUCUGUGCAGACUGCAGUGCACAGGAUCCCGGUUGGGCUUCGAUAAACCGUGGCAUCCUGCUCUGCGAUGAGUGCUGCAGUGUGCAUCGAAGCCUUGGGCGUCAUAUAUCUCAAGUGAAGUCAUUGAAGAAGGGAGCAUGGGCUCCAACACAGCUCGCUAUGGUUCAUGCGCUGCACACCAGUGGGGCAAACUCAAUCUGGGAGCACACUUUGUUAGACCCAGCUUAUACGAGAAGUGGAAGGCGGAAGCCCACUCCGAAAGACAUCUUACAUCCUGUGAAGGCUGACUUUAUUAGGGCAAAGCACCAGAACCUGGCUUUUGUUCAUAGACCAGGAAAAGAUGAGCCACAGCCAACAGAAGAAGAUCUGAGCAAACAACUUCAUUCGAGCGUUCGGACUGGCAACAUGGAGACGAGUCUCAGGCUCUUGGUACAAGGCGCAGAUCCUAAUUACGUCCACGCAGAGAAAGGCAACACUGCGCUGCACAUGGCUGCCAAGACGGGACAAACCUCUCAAGUGGAGCUCCUUAUAGUUUAUGGAUCUGAUCCGUUAACGAGGGACAUGGAGGGAAGGACGCCUAUUGAUUAUGCACGGGAAGCUGGACAUCACGAUCUGGAAAGGCGUUUACAGGAGUGUCAGUAUGAAGUUACGGACAGGCUGGCAUUUUACCUCAGUGGAAGAAAACCCGAUCACCAUCUCGGUCAGCAUUUUAUAUUGCCUGAAAUGUCCGAUUGUUUGGAUCUGUCCGAAUUUGCGAAAGCUGCGAAACGAAAGCUUCAGGCUUUGCCAGAUAACCUGUUCGAAGAACUGGCGAUGGAUGUCUACGACGAGGUAGACAGAAGAGAAAACGACGCCAUCUGGUUGAUGUCUCAGAACCAGAACGUCCUGGUGGCAGACCGACAAGCAGUUCCAUUUUUACCCGUUAACCCGGAAUUUUCUUCGACGAGGAAUCAGGGACGUCAGAAGCUUGCCAGGUUCAAUGCGAGGGAAUUUGCCACGCUUAUAAUCGACAUCCUCUCCGAGGCCAAACGGCGGCAGCACGGGUCAUCGGACGUAACACUCAACUGCAUUAAUAAAGGACUGACCAUCUCUAAUAAGCAGCCCAAAGCAAUCUCCCUAGUUAACUUAAGCGACGACGAGCCUCUCUAUGACAGCGUUGCUUCCGACGAAGAAAAUGGCCAUGAAGCCGCACUCGCUGAGGUCAAGGCAACGCAGGAUCAACAACCACUUGUGGCCAACGUUUCUCCAACACCAGAACCGUUGGUUCAUUCCAAGGAGAGCUACGGCGAAUUACAGCAGCAGCUUUCCGUAUCUGAACAACGCAUCAAAGAGCUACAACAGUGCAACCGCAUAAUGCGCCACGAAUUGGACACUCUGAAAGGACUCGUUCAACGGCUGCUUCGUGACAACACAGAUCUGCGGGCCAGGCUCGAUGCUGCUUCACCACCGCUCUCCAUAGGUGGUUCUCCACGAAGGAGCCCGCAGACAGUGCUGCAUAGCAGUGGCAGUAGCAGCAGUAGCAACCGACAGUCUGGUCAACGUCCACAGUCCAUGUACGAAGCUCGGCAUCUUGGCGCACCACAGUGGGGGAUCCCGGGGCAUUCGAAUCACACUCACGGAUCACGGCACCAUCUCCUACCUCGAGAUGACAGCGGCUUGGGACACACACAUUCUAGUCAGUCAUCCAGGAACAGCGGGGACUACGACAACACUCCAGCCACCAUCAGCCGUGGGAGCUCUCCCGUAGAUGGCAGCGGUGCUGCGUUCCUCCCGUCGUACGGAGAGGUGAUUCUGAAAACCGAAAAGAUCACGAAGCGAAUCCAGGAGCUCCUACACAACGCUCAGGAGGGCAAGCCGGAGGCGUUUAUACCCUGCACAGAUAACAUCUAUCACGCUGUGCUGCAGAUGGCAUCUAUAUUUCCGCAGGUGGUGGAAACAGAGAACCUCCGCCUUGCUCUCCGCCAGCUCCUGGAAUUGGCACAGAGGCUCCAGCGCGAGUGUCGAAGCCUUCUAGCUGGCCCCCACGCACCGCAUGUCACCCAGCAGAUCAUGCAGUGCGCCUACGACGUGGCCAAGGCAGCUAAGCAGCUGGUUACCGCGUACCCGGCCGAGGAUGGCAGGAGGUAACCAAGCCAAAUGUAGCCUUACCAAGUCACGAGAAGUGGAAGGAGAGUUAGCAGCUGCAGAAUAAUAAGGAAGGCUCUUACGAGGUCUUUCUAUAGAUGGCGGCCCUAGAGACCACGAAAGCUCAAUGCCUCUGUGGGAUACAACGAAGGUUUAUUUUGUGGGCACAUUAGUUUGAUACCGCAGUUAAAUGUCUAUGCGAUGACUUCACACUGUGAUAGAUAUUCAAUAUCAAAGGCCCAAACACAUUGUUGCACAAGCAGCGAUCAGACCGGCCUUAUCAAAGGCUAUCUGUGCAUUCAGUUGAACAAACAGCAUGAAGCCUCUCGAAACUGGCACAUUUUGAAAAGCCUUUUCGCUACAAAGAUUGCUUAUAGUAACAGCACCUUCGCAGCGACAACGGAGAAUGACCAGAGUGUGAAAUGAGAAAUCAGUGCCCCGACGUGCAACUUGCAUUAGUCACAUGUUCCCCAUUAAUUUGUACUUGUUCCUCGACAUGAAUUGUGCCAUUGAUUCUCGUUAUCAUCGAGGGCAGGAACUGCACAAGCAGUCACUGUGCCAUAGUUGUCGGCAUAGGCUGAAGAUUACGGUCAACUAAGUGUAAUCCGGGAUUACACUUAGUUGACCUAGGGGACCAUCUCAGGGGAUUACUAAUCCCCUGAGAUGUUAGUGUGCAGGAAACUAUAAUAGUUAUAGCCUGAAGUUUUAGGGUUUAACCCAAUUCUUCCCCAAAUUUUCACCCCAAAUUGAAGCUUGCCUCUUUAGGGUGAAACCCGAUUUUUACCCUGCGAAUUUCCCUCACUGAGACCUCUGUAUGGAUGCACACGAACUCAUUUGGCAGCAAAUGCAGUUACAUCACCAUUUGUACCAAGCCAGUACAGUUAGUUUGAGCAACUGAGCCCGAUUUCUCCCCGAAUUUAGAACACUGAAAGUUUUUCCACCUGAAUUCACAUGAGUUUAAAGCACAUGUUUAUUCGCCCGAUUUUUACCCCCCAAAAUUUAGAAAAAUAUGUCCCAAAAACUUCAGGCUCAUCUACUGAGCGAGCUGUUGGUACCCUUAUAUGAUAACACCGAUGUAUUAAUGUUAGCUCCGGUCGGACUUUUGUAACCGCAUUGGUUUUAUUUACGAAGAGUUCUUUCGAGCAACGGUACCACGGCACUCCAAAGGCAUACUUAACUGCAUGGCCAUUCUGACAAGGGGGGCACGGCAUACCCCUGGAGCUCCAAAGCCGCCUCUGGAAAUCGCGCAGUUCGUCGUGAUUUAUCCUUGGGUGUUGUCAUAAUAACCUUAAUCUUAUCUUAUCCCUCCCAGAAUGCCUUUUUCCCUCCCCUUGAAAAAAUCCCGGGAACGGCCACGCUUCGUUUGUACCGUGUCGAUGUGGCAGGCCUUGCAGUAAAUAUUCUGCUUGAUAUGUUAAAGGAAUUGUGACACUUUGCUCGAAAAUUAUGCCAAAUAAAUGUGAGAUAAAGUUACUUGCAUCAAUGUGAACCUGCAUUAAUAGUUUUACUGCAGAAGAGGUGAUAGAUGCGUAGAAAAUUAUUAUCAUAGAAACUUAUCUGGCUCAACGUGUCACUCUCUCAAGGAGCAUUAGGUCAGCCCAUGUGGCAGCGGGACAGCAUCAGUGGUGCUUGAAACGUUCAAUGGUAAUUGCCUGCAAUGAUCAUUCAAAUGCCCGUGUGGCAGCAGUGUUAAAGUGUCGCAACCCCUUUAAUUGGUAUGGCAUGACUAGUUAAAAAUACAAUCAGCCCCCCAUCUUAUUGUCUGUGAUUCAAUAAUUGAAUUGCGUGGCAGCUAUUGGACAAAAAUAUGUUAUGGCAAUCACGAUGACAUGAAAUAUUUCUGUGGAGAUAGAUUUUCUCUGGACGCUCAAUCGUGGAAGAAAUGUUUCUUUUUUUUUAUAUGCACAUAAAAUGUGUUAACAGUUUAAGUACUGCUCUUGUCCUGGGCUCAACAUGGCAAGCACAGCAAUUCAGUAUGCCCAAAUGAAUUUGAAAAUUGAUAGCCCCUCAUCUGUACAGUACAUGCAACACUGCUCUAGUGCUCAGAUUUGGUACUCUGGUAUCUGAAUCCCCCAUUGCCUUUCACACGUGUUGAAGCCACUUCGAACGAUCGCCUUCCCAAGAAAUUCACACCUCAUGAGAUUGCCUGGGUCACCUUCUGCCCAAGGCUGCCAUUACAUAUAUGUAUUUCGUGGGGAUUUAAGCCCCAAACUUUGCGAUACCAGCACUGUGCAGCACUUUUUGACAUAUACAUCAGCGAUGCACAGGUAGGGGCAGCGUGUGAGAAUUGAAUCAGAAAGCCACACCCCAGUGUUGCCUACCUGUACACUGCUGAUGAAAUUUUAAUGAAGCUGGAACAGCUGCACAGCGUUGAUAUGGCAGCAUUUAAUUUUGAUGUAUUUUGACGAUUGUGUCACGUAUUGACAUACGUCAUAAUAAUAUGACUGAAAUUACGAUACUGUGCCAAAACUUACAAAUUCUCGCAAUAUGCUAUUUAACGGAGACUAGUGUGCCUCAAUAAGAGUAGCGUAUGUAUUUUUGAUAGUAUGUACCACAUGAGAGAACAAUGAUUUUUUCGUGGUUUGAAAAAGUGUACAAUCUGUACAUUGCCUAUGAAUUCAUGUGAAAUUUGCACAAAUGGAGAAAUCCGUCCCUUCGUUCAUGAGUUACCGGCUAUAUGAAUGUCCUCUGCAACUUCAUUUGCUAUGUAUUUGCAUAAGGCAAAGGUGGUGCAUACAUGGUUAAACACUCCUACAAUCUGCUGACCACUGUGCAUUUGAGUUGUACCAGCCAUCCAACUUACUUACCAAAGAAUGUUGACGAAGUAGUCUACUAUUAUGGCUGUUCAGCGUUGCAGUAAUGGUAGAUCUUUACAGAUACAUUGUUGUAUGUCACCUUGGUAGAACGACACCUUGAAGGUGGAUAUUUUAUAACAGCAGCGCUGUUUAUGGUGUGUUUGAAUGAUGUGUUCAUGUUUGUUUAUGUAGAUAUACUCUACAUUAUACUUACGAUCAAUGUUACCUCCACACCUGAGAUGUUAGAGACAGCUUACUUGCGGGCACCUGAAACGGGUUAACACUGCAUUUGUGUGCACACGUUGCCAUGGCAUUGUUCGUUCUUAGCAGCUGCUUAUAGUGUGUGCUUAGAUUGUUGGUGUUAUUUUUUUAGAAUGUAUGUGGACUACCGUUACCCAAUGCAGGAUUGUUGCUAAAAAGAGUCAUAUACAUAUAUAUAUAAGAGAGUUGUAGAGAGUCACCCUAUCAACAGGGUCAUUUUACAGCUUGAGAAAUAAAAGCUUGUGACAUGUCAAA